UGGUUACGGUUGCUACCCAUGUCGAUGGUUGCUACGAGAGGCGCUUACAGGGCUGGUUCAGAGGACAGUAGUUUCAGCUGAAAACAUCACUAGAGUCUGGUUGUAGACAAGAAUACUGCAGUUCUGACCCCUCUCAGCAAGAAUGAACAAGCAACAAGAAGCAGGUCAGAGUGAAAAGCAGGAGGAGGAGGUGACGGGACUGGUUUGUCUGGAGGCUGAUCUCCAAGAUGGACAAAUGAGAGAAGUGGCUGUGGAUGACCAGAAGGUGCUGCUGGUCCGAAUCCAGGGUCAGUACAGUGCUGUGGGAAGCAGGUGCUCCCAUUACAGUGCUCCUCUAAUUAAAGGAGCUCUGGUUGGGGAUCGAGUGAGAUGUCCUUUUCAUGGAGCCUGCUUCAAUGUCAGAACCGGAGACAUAGAGGAGUAUCCGGGCCUGGACUCUAUCCCCAGCUACAAGGUUAAGGUUGAGGACGGUAAGGUUUAUGUGACCAUAAACAAAAAGUCUCUGACUUUGACCAAGCGGGUGAAGGAAAUGUUCGCCAUCCAGCCUGGCACCAAGCACACUGUUCUGCUGAUAGGAGGAGGCCCUGCCUCUCUGGUUUGUGCCGAGACCCUUCGGCAAAACUGCUACCCAGGGCAUAUUGUCAUAGUAACCAAAGACAGCCUGCCACCAAUUGACAAACCCAAACUGAGCAAGGCGAUGAACUUGGAAAGCAGCAGCAUCCUCCUCCGGUCAGGUGACUUCUAUCAACAGUAUGCCAUAGAAAUGUGGAUGGGGAAAGAAGUGGUGUCUGUGCAUCCACCUGAUAAGGUGGUGAAGAUGAGCGAUGGCACCUCCAAGCGUUAUGACCAGCUGCUCAUCGCCACAGGCUGCAGAGCUCGGCCGCUCAGCUGCCCUGGUUCAGACUUGAAGGGGGUGCACCUGCUGCAGAGUUAUGACGACGCCAAAGAGAUUCACUCCUCCUCUGUGGGCCAGAGAGCUGUUGUGAUUGGAGCAUCUUUCAUAGGUAUGGAGGUAGCCUCUUACCUAUCAGAUAAAGCUACCAGUGUGGCCUUGGUCGGCUCCGCCUCCUACCCGUUUGAGAAGUCCCUCGGACCGGAGAUUGGCAAAAUGACGAUGGCGAUGCUGGAAGAAAAGAAUGUGAAGUUUUUCAUGAACGACAGAGUGACAGAGAUCAGAGGGGAGAAUGGAAAGGUGAAAAACGUGGUGCUGAGCAGCGGAGCGGUCCUGGAAGCUGAUGUGGUGAUCGCUGGGAUUGGUGUGAUCCCAAACUCUGACUUUUUAGCAGGAAGUAAGGUCGCUGUGGAUUCAGGGAAAGCUGUAAUUGUUGACAAGUACAUGAGGACCAAUAUCCCAGACAUCUUCAGUGCUGGAGAUGUUGCUUCCUUCCCUUUGAGUAUCCGUGGUGACCAGCAGGUCAACAUCGGUCACUGGCAAAUGUCUCAUUCUCACGGAAAAGUAGCAGCCCUUAAUAUGCUGAAGAAACCUACAAAAAUCGAGUCUGUUCCUUUCUUCUGGUCCGCUCUUGCUGGAAAAAGCAUCAGAUAUACAGGCUAUGGAGAGGGAUACACGGAGAUCCUAGUGAAAGGCAAAGUAGAAGAAAGGAAGUUUUUGGCCUUUUACAUAAAGGAUGAGGAGGUGGUAGCUGCUGCCAGUCUGAUGUUUGAUCCUGCUGUGGCUCAGGUAGCAGAGCUGAUGGCCGAGGGCAAAAACAUCACAAAGAAACAGGCUCAAUCUGAUGACUUGAGCUGGCUCCAGAUGUAACCAGAUGUUUUCAGGAGCAGAACCUCUCAAAGACAGAGGUCUCUCUCUCUCUCUCUCUCUCUCUCUCUCUCUCUCUCUCUCUCUCUCUCUCUCUCACUCUCACUCUCACUCUCACUCUCACUCUCUCUCUCUCUCUCUCUCUCUCUCUCUCUCUCUCUCUCUCUCUCUCUCUCUCUCUCUCUCUCUCUCUCUCUCUCUCUCUCUCUGCCUAAUAUUGCUCUAAUCUGUUGCUCCAUUUAUUGCCUCAGGAAACCAAUCAGACCUCCCAUCUGGUCUUCUCAACAGUGAUGUUACCAUAGCAAUGGAGAGCUUUAUUGAAUUUGCUCAUCUUGCACUCUUAAGUAGUCAGAUAAAGUAGAGUUAGUCUGUUUUAUUUUCUUGUUAAAACAGCAUAAAUUGCAUAAUGUGUGAAAUGUCGUCCAUUAAAGUGCCUUUAAAUGUUG